AGUAGAUAGGAGAAGAAGAGGGCGGAAUUAUGUGAGUUGAGGAAAUGCACUUGGUACAAAACACACAGGGAGAGGAAACAGACAAGCGGGUAAUGUGCUACGUGAAGAAACAUGGACCUGUGCUGACAUUAGUUUUACACAUUGGGACUUGUAUAACAGACAUUCCUACAUGGACUGUACCAAAUAUAUUGAAGGCUUUUCAGACAUUUGCUGUGUACACCUCCUCUUCAACUGGACACAAAUGACUGAGACGUUCCAGACAGGACAUUAGGCAGCUGCCUUCAACCAGCUUGUCAAGACUUCAAAAUGAGCGAAGGUGCCGAUUACCGCAGAAAAGAUGGCGGCGGCAGAGGAACUAAACCAAGUCCACCAAAGUACCACCACAAAGGAGGAGGGAAAAGCACCAGCAACCCGCAGCACAACAGCAAGCCACAAAGAAAACCGCACAAAGACAGAGUACCUCCACCACCGCCGGCACCACGGAGCAGAAGCAGCGACUCUGAACGCAGGGGCAGGAGCAGGGGCAGGCCAGCAGAGAGCGGGCACGACAGGAGACAGAGGGGGACAAGUGCAGAUCCGUAUCGAGGUAGUGGGCAAGACAGGGGAAGGAGCCGCCACCACCAUAAUCCACACGGCAACGGCAACGCACAAGUGUCCCCCACAGACGACCUCUUGGGCGAGACGGAGUGUCCCGUGUGCUUCUGCGCGUACAACAAUGUGUUUAAAAUGCCCAAGCUGCUGUCCUGUGGCCACACGUUCUGCCUGGAGUGCCUCGCUCGCAUCAACGUCACGUCCCCCGAGCUGAAGCAGCUUUCGUGCCCCGUGUGUCGCGAAGUCACCCAGCUCCCGCACGGCCGCGACCUGCCGCAGCUCGGCAACAACCAGGCCGUGUUCCAGCAGCUCCCGCCGGAGAUGCAGCGGGCCAUGUCUGUGCGCUUCAAACGCAGCAAGGGCAAGCUGGAGCUGAAAAGCAAGUCGACCCAUCAGCAGCCACAGAGCCCGACUAGUAAACAACACGGUCUGACAUUGUCUCCGUCGAAGAAGAAGCAGGAGCAGGUAGUCGGCGGCAGUCACUCUCUGGGAACGGUGGAGGCCGGAGGAGGAGGAACGGAGGACGCCGCCGUUACUAGUGUGGACGUGGGUCGCCCCCCUAACCGGAUGCACAGCCAGGUGCGGCGGGCCUUCCGCUCCAACCAGUGCUACUACGUGGCGGUGGGGGUGGUCGUCGCCGUCACCGUGGCUCUCAUGUUGGUGGGCAUACUGGUGUUUGUGGUCAUCCCUCGAGUCACCUACCCAUAUCCACCACCUGGGAACCACACUCGGCCCCCUGGCCAGCCGGGGCCUGGUGGAGGAGGACCACCCUGAGGGGCUCACGACAAUGUUCCUUCAACCAUCUUAACCUUUUGGUCUUUUUUAUCUUUUUGGACCUUUAAUGGAGAGGACAGUAUCAGAGAGAGAGAGUAGGGUUGGGAAAUAACUCAGGCCAGAUUAGAACUUGGAUCCUCAUGGACAAACUAUAUGGAUGGCUAUGGCCAGAUGCCUUGGUGCAGUACGCCACAGACACCGUCCCUUAUCUUGUCUUUGAAAAACUUACACAGCUGUGACCAAACACUGCCAAAGCACUUUUCAAUCACUCCAUGGCGAUUAUGAUGAACUGUUGAUGCGGGACAAAAAAAAAGACAGUGGCAGUUUUAUGCGUGUGAGAUUUUACUGGCAUCAAUAGAACUCUACAUUGUUACUGUAUAAAUCAGAUGUGCAGCACGCAUAAUUUGGCCAAGACAAUUGUGUAGACUGGAGUAUAAUGACAUAUCUUUCAUCUUCAGCUACCUUACAGGUUGGAAGUCAAAUGGUCCCUCAUAACGAACACUAGAGACAUGUGCUUCGUCUGAUUUCAGGCUUUAUACACUGUGUGGUGCUGGUUCAUUAGCUGAGUGCUGGACAUGGACAAAAAUAGGCAUUUUGUACACCCCCUUUACAUUGUUCUGUUGGCCAAUUUCUCAGAAUAUAUACACACAAAAGCAAACAGUAUCGGCCCAGUACAUUGCAUUUUUACACAGAGAUGGCGUCUCAAGGAGCCUACGUAUGGGUGGAUCCCAAUAUGCAGACUCCCGACGUCCUCCCUUGUUCGCUUGCCUGCUUGUGACCUCAUGAUGACGUCACUGGCGACAGAAAAUGAAUUCAAUAUCUUGCAAAAGCACAAUUGUAAUGUAAUUUUCUCAUUUUCAAUCGGGAUGGUGAAUGAAGAACAGUCCCCCAAAAAUUGUUGAGGCUUGGCUGACAGCGGGGAAUCUUAAUUGUUUUCUCCACGGAGGUGAGGCGUCAGCAAACCGCUAGGCACAAGCACAAGUGCAGGACGGGAGUCCACCACCCUUUGACACACAGACUGCCAUUGGCAUAGUUCCAAAGUAGUUCCAGGAAGUGAGCGUAGAACACAGAAAGUCUAGUAAAGGUUUUGUAAUUCAUUUAGUCAUCAUUGCUCUUUUUAUAGUGGUUUUUAUAGUCUCUGGCAAAAAGAAAUCCGCUACCUUACAUUUUUUGAAUAUAUGUGACUUAUGUCACUAACAACCGACUUCCUGUACCCCAGUUGUCAUAUAAGUCUGAAUUCCAUGGCUCUGUGUAGGGCCUGAAAUAGAACAUAGCUCGGGGACACGCCUCCAAAGCUGCUUAGUGCGUUAUAACCUGUGGCAAGUGCCUUUCACCCUCAUAACAACUUUAGUUGAUGAAUCGCUGAAAUUACAGGACACAUUAACACUAAACUAAGUAGUUUUCUCAAGCAAAUGCAAGCAAAAAACAACCAUUCAUAACAUAGGAGUAUGCUUUUUUUCAUAUAGGGCAGUGGAAGAGAGACAGGAAGUGAGGGGGGAGAGAGUGUCAGGAAAGUACCUCCAAGUGACCCAGGCCCGAAUCGAACCCGAGUCGCCAGUGCUGCAGCCCAGUGCCCAGCCGUUUGAGCCACGGCUGGGCCUACCAGUCUACUUCUAAGGUGGCAAAAAAGAGACAGCCAAAUCGUACACAGAGCAACCAGAGCCUAUCCCAGAACAUCAGAGGAGAUUUGCUAGAGUUAAUGAAAAACAUGAACAUGAACAACAUGAAUGAAGUUUUGCCUAAUCGAAUCCAUCUGAGUGAAUCCACAGUUAUCUUCUAUAUAUUUUGCUCAACAGGUUUGUUCGGUGUUUCUGUUUUACCUAUGGCCAGAAUCCUCCAGAGCACUUACAUUGAGUCAAAAAAACACUGUAGAACGUCUUCCCAGCCAAACAGAGCAUGGUAGAAUAUAUACGCUACUUUUCAGCCUGUUGUUCUCCUGUGAUCUGUGAGAACUAAAAACGGGUAUGCAUGUGGAAUGACCUUACACCUAAUCUGUAUAUUGCAAUCUCAGCAUUAUCUUAAUAUUGAAAUAAACAUUGUCUGUUCAUGAAUUUGCAUCUACACAUCCAGAUACUGUGAAUAAAAAUGGCUGAU